GACACGGCCUAAGCUGAUUAAUUCCUCCUUUCCUCACUCCUCACUCUCCUUUUUUUCCUCCGCCUCCACUGUUGCUCUGCUCUAGCCUCUUUGUUCGUUUCCUCCUCCUCUUCACUCUUCUACUUUCGGCACAGCCUCAAGGCUUUGCUCUAGCCUCCUCCGCUUCCUCCUCUACUCUUCACUCUUCGGUUGGGACUGUACAAGGGUAAAUUAAAAAUGGAGCAUGGGUCAUUCCAAAAUCCAAGUUCAUCAACUUUCUCUAUUACAGAGGAAGAUCACACUCUUGCUAAUUCCCUCAGAGUGGUCCUCAACCAAGAUCCACGGGUAUCAUUUUGUGGGUACAGCAUUCCUCAUCCUUCGGAAGCGCGGGUUAAUAUCAGGGUGCAAACAACAGGUGACCCAGCUUGUGAGGUGUUGAAAGAUGGUUGUCAAAAUCUGAGUUAUCUGUGUAAGCAUGUGAGAAAGACAUUUGAUAAUGCAGUGGCCGAGUACAAGACCAGCAAAGCUAAUGAUUCCAUGGAUGUUAAUUAAGAAGAAGAUACUAUUCAUGUUCAUCGUGUGUCGGGCAACAAAGUUUUGGAUAGGAUCUAUAUGCUCCAACUUCUUCGUUCUUAUUCCUUAUCUUUCUAGUUUAUGAUAUUGAUUACCAACUUAGUUAGUAGCGUUUUUACCACUAUGAAAUAUGCAUACUUUUUUUUUUUGAGUAAAAAUAUGCAUAUGCUACUGUUUAUGAAAUUCGCAAUUUUAUUAUCUACUGAUAACUUCUUCGUGGGGAAAUUUUCUGAUUAUGCUGAAAUGAAAAGAAAUCAACAUUAGAAGUUUGUUCUGAGAUUUUUUAUUAAUAAUAAAUUUUGUUUUAUGCA